AAAUAUCCCACGAGGCAUCCGUAUGUCAUGACCACGGUAGAGUCAGUCAUAGAGUUUCUCAUAUGGAGUCAGUAGAGCUAUAGUGAGUAGAGCCAAAGGAGCAUUGAUAGGUAGAGCGACUUUUAAAUCUGUUAGGCCAUUGGUUAAGCGUUUGGCCGCAUAUUGAUUAAAUCUGGCAACAAGCAAUAUGGCGGCGCCCAUGGUUCUAUGCGUUCUUGUAUGUUUGUAAACAUGUGUUUUCCUGCAUCGUAAAGCGUGAAUUAUUCAUUGUUAUUGCGCUGCAUAGUCGUCGUUCCUAUGUCUGAACUUAUCUGGUAGGUGUUGAGUAGUAUUGUCAUCGAUGCAGAGAAGAAAGCAACUGCCUGUUCAGAAGCUGCCAACACUACAGGCUUCUACUUCAUCGAGCUUGGAAGAUCCUUCAAAUGAUGAGGACCCCAACGAGAAGUUCGAGCGAGAACUGAAGUGGUGCAUUGAGCAGCUUAAUAUUUCGCUUUCUCAUGCCGACACAAAAAAGAAAAACUAUACUGAGCAACUGCGGGCUCUCCAAACGCUUCAAAACGUGAAAGCGCCCGUCGUGAAAAAAAGGCAAGUAAUGAGCAUGACACUUGGAAACUACAGGGAGAAGAUGGAACUGGAAAAGGCAAAGUUCAUCACCGAUUCUACCAGAAAGACUAAGCUGCAGCCUCAACAUUCUGCAGAGACCAAGUCUAUCUUCCUGCGGAAAGUGCUGACGUCGAACAGAGACAGCCAACCUGGUGUGCCAGAGUCUGGCACAGAGUUCAAGUUCAACUUUGCCAUUGACACUGAGGACACUUGAGUGAGGUGCCUUAUUUUAAAUAAUAAAGUGCCUGUUGCCUGUA